GCCAGAGCAAGAUGGCCGACGCGGCGGCUACUGCCGGGGCUGGCAGCUCCGGAACGAGAUCUGGAAGUAAACAGUCCACUAACCCUGCUGAUAACUACCAUCUGGCCCGAAGGCGAACUCUGCAAGUGGUUGUGAGCUCCCUGUUGACUGAAGCAGGAUUUGAGAGUGCUGAGAAAGCAUCCGUGGAAACCUUGACAGAGAUGCUACAGAGUUACAUCUCAGAGAUUGGGAGGAGUGCCAAGUCUUACUGUGAGCACACAGCCAGGACCCAGCCCACACUGUCGGAUAUCGUGGUGACUCUUGUUGAGAUGGGUUUCAAUGUGGACACUCUCCCCGCUUAUGCAAAACGGUCUCAGAGGAUGGUCAUCACUGCCCCUCCAGUGACUAAUCAGCCAGUGACCCCCAAGGCCCUCACUGCAGGGCAGAACCGACCCCACCCACCGCACAUCCCCAGCCAUUUUCCCGAGUUCCCCGACCCGCACACCUACAUCAAAACUCCGACGUACCGGGAGCCUGUGUCGGACUACCAGGUCCUGCGGGAGAAGGCUGCCUCCCAGAGACGAGAUGUGGAGCGGGCCCUCACCCGAUUUAUGGCCAAGACGGGAGAGACUCAGAGCCUUUUCAAGGAUGACGUCAGCACGUUUCCAUUGAUUGCUGCAAGGCCUUUCACCAUCCCCUACCUGACAGCUCUUCUUCCGUCUGAGCUGGAGAUGCAACAAAUGGAAGAGACGGAUUCCUCAGAGCAGGAUGAGCAGACAGACACGGAGAACCUUCCUCUUCACAUCAGCACGGACGAUUCUGGAGCUGAGAAGGAGAACACCUCUGUCCUGCAGCCGAACCCCUCCUUGACAGGGAGCCGGAAUGGGGAGGAGAAUGUCAUCGAUAACCCCUAUCUGCGACCCGUGAAGAAACCCAAGAUCCGCAGGAAGAAGUCCCUCUCGUGAGCUGAGAAGGAAGUAUGCCUUGUAGAGGGACAUGGACACCGCCCUCCAGAGGGGGAGUUAGCCACUCGAGGGAAGAAGAGAGGGUGCCUCUUCGUGGUCAAGCUGAGGCUGCCCAGGGUGCGACGGGGCAUGAUUUUAAUUGCAAACUCUAGAAUAAGAUGACCUCUUUUCAUCGGAUGUUUGGGCUGAGGAAGAUACAAAGGUACUAACAAAGCUGUCUUAAUCAACCAGGCCAUCCUAUAGAGCAUAGGAACAGCUGGUGACGUCACUGAUUACCACAGGAUUUGAUUUCUUUGAAACCUGAAGACCAGGGAAGAUGAUAGGAAAGAAAAGAUUCUUUUUGCUUUGCUUUCUGCCAGAAAGACUGUUUGCCUACUUUGUGCUUCAGGAUAUCUGGACCCUUUUUACCUGAAUCACAAUUUUGGCAGCAAUUUUCAUCAUCCCAGCGCCUCAGUCUUACAUAUCUCCUCAUUGGGCUCCAAGUGCCCUGUUGAUCUGAUCAGAGGUGAUUUUGUUGGAAACAGUGACCCACAUAUCAUAGCCUAAACUGGGCACUACUUUCCUAAGGCAUUUGUCUGUUGCCAUCCCACUGUGGAAGGUGUGCUCAGGGACUCCCCUCUCCUAGGCCAGCCCUUCCUGAGAAAAGAUGUUUUCUCUGACAAGAGCCUCAAGAGUGGAUCUUUUAUGUUGUAACUUGUUGGAGGAACCCAGUUGUAGAUAACAGGAGAAGGAUAGGGUUGGGGAAGGUCUCAGGGUUUGAGGGCUGGACUGGGCCUUGUCUUCUGAAAACUGAGAGGCCUGGCCAGUCUGCUAGAAGACUGGCACAGAUGGAAGGCCUGUGUGUUUUUCUAGAAGCAGGUCUCGAUUUGUUCAACCUCUUUGCCUCCUGAGAAAGAUCCUCCAAACCAAAAAACAAACAAACAAACUUGUGAGGAAGAUCCUGGACAAGCUAAUAGCCUUUGGCUGAUCAUCACUGAAGGAAAAUACUUUAAAGCCAAAUCCAAGGAGGGAAAAUGCCAGCAACACCUGGAAGUUACCAUAAGAUCAGAGUUCACUGAGUUAGCAACCUAACGUCCCGUCGAACUUUGCCUAGACUAGGCUUCCAUGGUCAUCUCUGAAUCUUCCAUCCUCUUGUGAAUUUGAAAACUUGAUGAGGAACUGUGUGACCUGAUGGCAGGCCCCAGGGUCCUCUGGCCUCACUGAUCUCUAGGGCAAGCUGCUGUCAGGAACAGAAGCCGGGUGCCAGGGAGAAAGUUGGAUUCUCCAACUCUGGGCCAAAAAAAGAGUUUCUCAGGUAUUUGGUGACCUGAACCGCUUACACGUGAACAUAGACUGGGUCUGUACUGACCCCUCAUGGUCUGUAAUUGCGCUCUCAGUGAUUCUUGGCCUGUCGAGUUUAAAUACUGCCUAGGCAUGAACCCUGGUGGAUACAGGGCUAAAACCAUCAUGACUCUUGCCAGCCAUGUCCCAGUUGACUGGGGACAACUGUGGAACCUCUUGACAACAGAAGCCUGUGAACACCAUGUCCGGGGGCUAAGUGGGAUUUGGAGAAGAGUUGCCAUUUCUGCUGCUGAGACUUCAGAGGCUAUGCUGCUGAGAGUCUGUUCUGGAUGAGAAACAGUGAUUUGUUGACUUGAAACAUAGACCGAAUUAUUGUGUAAAAAUUGUGUGUAAUUCACAGUGUAUAUUUAUAAAUUCUAUUUUUAUAUAAGUUUGGGAGUGAGGAUUCUGGAAGGGGAAACGUGAAACAGAGCCAGAUUAAGAAUGUGAUUGAUGAUCUCUUAAUAAAACUU